GUGGAUGGCCCAGAGGCCCUCUUCCAUCUCCCAGGGGACUCACAAUGGACCUUGAGUCCCCGUCCCCAAUCCUGACUCGUUAUGGUGAGGAAGUGCUGGUGUUCGAGAGCUACAGCUGUGAGCUACAGUUCCAUGUUUAGGAUAAAGAAAACUCGGUGGUUUAAAGGCGUUCCUCACAGAAGACCCAGAAUUCUCAGGGAAAUGACAGUUGCCCGGAGGUGCAAUGAGAGCCAUGGGAUUGAAGGGUUACGGGCAAUAUUAUGACUUGAUCUCUGUGUGUCAUAGUCAUGGUCAUGCGUGUGUUCAUAUGGAGGACAGAGGACCGAGGCCAGCGCUGAUCCCCAGGUGCUGUCAGCCUUUUUUGUUGCCGUCUCUCAUUGACCUGGAACUCAUCAACUGAGGCUGACGGAGCCCUUUCACCAGAACUGCCCCUGCUGACUCACACCUGUCAAGCGGGUGGGCAACGCUAUGAAAUUGACCAGGAAGUCACCUGGGCCACACCAGCGCUUGCUCCUGCUGGGAGAGAAAGGCGGUUCAUACUUGCCUAAGAACUUCGGAGGUGGCGCCAGGGCUGGAGUUCCUCCAGCAACUGACUGCCCGUAGCAGAGCCCCGACUGUUUAGCCACCUCUGCACCGUCCAUCCAGGUCCAGGCGUGCAGAGUUUUGCUCCACAUCAGGGAAACCGUGAAGCCCCAGGAUGGCCCUGUCCAAUUCCACAACUGUUCUGCCUUUUCUGGCCUCGCUGUGGCAGGAAACAGAUGAGCCGGGUGGCAAUAUGUCGGCGGACUUGGCUCGUAGGUCCCAGCUCCGAGAUGACAGCAAGCUGGAGGCUCUCUAUAUCCUCAUGGUGCUGGGUUUCUUCGGCUUCUUCACCCUGGGCAUCAUGCUGAGUUACAUCCGAUCCAAGAAGCUGGAACACUCGCACGACCCUUUCAACGUGUACAUUGAGUCGGACGCCUGGCAGGAGAAAGGCAAGGCCCUCUUCCAGGCCCGCGUUCUGGAGAGCUUCAGAGCUUGCUAUGUCAUUGAAAACCAGGCGGCCGUAGAACAACCUGCCACACACCUUCCUGAACUGAAGCCACUGUCAUGAACCCCAUAGUUAAUUAAUAGACAAGUGAUAAGUGGGUCUUUCUAGUCAAAUGCCUGCCAGUCUUUAUUGUAGAGGUACCCUUGAGUUUUUAUAAGGGGUGAGUUAAUAACACCAGUUUUCUGAAAUUGCA